GGCACGCCGUCAAAUCGCGCGAGAACAAGAGUCUCACGAGAAGUGUGGGAGGCGGCAGUAAUGGCGGCGACGGGGACCGGCCUCGGCCCGGGGGUGGGCGCAGCCCCCGGUGCGGCCGCGGCUCCGAAUGCAGCCUCGGCGGAAGAAGGGGACGCGAAGCCCGUGGUGGCUGCCGCCCCGGCGGGAGAGGGACCGGCCGCGGCGCCAUCGGCGGAGCCGGGGUCCGGGGAGGCCGCGGAGAGCGGAGACGCAAAUAUGGUUGAUGUGAGUGGUGGUCUGGAGACAGAAUCCGCCAAUGGAAAGGAUACCCUAGAAGGUUCGGGGGACGCGACAGAGGCCAUGGAUACCCAGGCAGGCUCCGUGGAUGAGGAGAACAGCCGGCAGUUGGGAGAGGUAGAGCUCCAGUGUGGGAUAUGUACAAAGUGGUUCACAGCAGAAACCUUUGGCAUAGAUACCACGUCCUGUCUGCCGUUCAUGACCAACUACAGCUUUCAUUGCAACGUGUGCCAUCACAGUGGGAAUACCUAUUUUCUGCGCAAGCAAGCAAACUUGAAGGAAAUGUGCCUUAGUGCUUUGGCCAACCUGACAUGGCAGUCUCGAACGCAAGAUGAGCAUCCAAAAACCAUGUUCUCCAAAGACAAGGACAUCAUACCAUUUAUCGAUAAAUACUGGGAGUUCAUGACAACCAGACAGCGACCUGGAAAAAUGACAUGGCCAAAUAACAUUGUUAAAACAAUGAGUAAAGAGAGAGAUGUUUUCUUGGUCAAGGAGCGCCCUGACCCUGGGAGCAAGGACCCGGAGGAAGAUUAUCCGAAAUUUGGACUCUUGGACCAGGAUCUUAGUAACAUCGGUCCUGCUUAUGAUAACCAAAAGCAAAGCAGUGCCAUGUCUACUGGUGGAAAUCUAAAUGGUGGAGCCUCUCUGGGAGGGGGAGUUACUGCAGGAAGCAGUGGGAAAGGAAGAGGAGCGAAGCGCAAACAGCAGGACGGAGGAACCACGGGGACCACCAAGAAGGCUCGGAGUGAUCCUUUGUUUUCUGCCCAGCGCCUGCCCCCUCAUGGCUACCCCUUGGAGCACCCAUUUAACAAGGACGGCUACCGGUAUAUUCUGGCGGAGCCCGACCCCCAUGCCCCUGACCCGGAGAAGCUGGAGCUCGACUGUUGGGCAGGGAAACCUAUCCCUGGCGACCUGUACAGAGCCUGCCUGUAUGAACGGGUUUUGUUAGCCCUACAUGAUCGAGCUCCCCAGUUAAAGAUCUCUGAUGACCGGCUGACUGUGGUUGGAGAGAAGGGCUACUCCAUGGUUCGGGCUUCUCACGGGGUGCGGAAGGGCGCCUGGUACUUUGAGAUCACCGUGGACGAGAUGCCGCCCGACACUGCUGCCCGGCUGGGGUGGUCCCAGCCCUUAGGUAACCUUCAGGCUCCCUUAGGUUAUGAUAAAUUUAGCUAUUCUUGGCGGAGCAAAAAAGGGACCAAGUUUCACCAAUCUAUUGGCAAACACUACUCGUCCGGCUAUGGGCAGGGAGACGUCCUGGGGUUCUACAUCAAUCUUCCUGAAGACACAGAGACUGCCAGGUCUCUGCCUGACACGUACAAAGACAAGGCAUUGAUAAAGUUCAAGAGUUACCUAUAUUUUGAGGAAAAAGACUUUGUGGAUAAGGCAGAGAAGAGCCUAAAACAGACUCCACAUAGUGAGAUAAUAUUCUAUAAAAAUGGCGUCAAUCAGGGCGUGGCUUACAAAGACAUCUUCGAGGGGGUGUACUUCCCCGCCAUCUCGCUGUACAAGAGCUGCACGGUUUCCAUUAACUUUGGACCAUGCUUCAAGUUUCCUCCAAAGGACCUCACUUGCCGCCCUAUGAGUGACAUGGGCUGGGGUGCCGUGGUGGAGCACACCCUGGCCGAUGUCCUGUAUCACGUGGAGACGGAAGUGGACGGCAGGCGGAGCCCGCCCUGGGAACCCUGACCGGGACUCUUCCCUGCUUUGCCGACCGGACUCUGGGGAACGGGGUGGCCUGGGUGGGCGGUGGUGGAAUGCUGCAGAUAUGUUCUGGAAGAUGCAGCACAACCCGGAUGGGGCACGUUCAAGGCGGGACAGCGCCUGCCCCCAGCACUCCUCACUCCUGCAGCUGCUCUUUCUGUGUGCCCUUUGCCAACACCUGCUGCCCUUGUUCCCGCCUGCCCAAGUCCCCUGUAAGACUGGUGCUGUGUGCCACCUGCCCCGCCUCUUGGGACUUGUGUUACUGCAUCUUCUAAGGUGUGAAGCUGCUUGUCCAGACCAUCUCGGAAAGUCGUGUCCUUCAGUGCUCAGUGAUGUCACCAGCCUGACUCCAGGAGGUGGUGGACAGUGAGGACAGUUGAGGUCAGUGGCUGCCCAUGCAGACCAUGCCGAGACGCUUUCCCAGGGUGGGGCUUGUGUUCUUGAUUGUACAGCAGACUCGACACUGGCAUCUCUGCAGCUGCUGGGCUGUGGAACUGACUGAAGGAGCGUGCUCGCAGCUUUACCACCAGGAACUUCCCCAAUAAAACUUGUCUCCAAGUUGGCAUGGCACUUUGCUUCCCCUUCCGGCCAGGUUUCUCCCCGACUGUUGGAAGGGUGGGCUGUCUGAGUAGGGAGCCAGUGACAGGAUUGCAGCUCAGCCCGUUCCUAUUGUCGCUCCACUUUCCCCCGCCAGCCCAGGACCCGCUUACAGCUACAGAAGUCAGAUUCUCAAGGAAGCGAACCAGUUGGAAAGGUCUCCCGGGGCUGAUAGCACAGCGGGUAGGGCAUUUGCCUUGCAGCGGCCGACCUGAGUUCAAUUCCCAGUAUCCCAUAUGGUCCCCUGAGCACCGUCAGGAGUGAUUCCUGAGUGCUAGAGCCAGGAGUCAGCCCUGAGCAUUGCUGGGUGUGACCCAAAAAAACAAAAAAAAAGUCUCCCGGCCGCCCUCCAGUCCCCUGUGUGAGCAAGCUGGUGAUCAGUGUAGGCUUCCUGCCUUGCCAGCCUUUGCAGUCGCCAGGACUGAGUGGGUUUCGGAGUACUGACACCAAGUGUGUGAGUGAGACGCCCUGACCCACGGUGCCCCCCACAGUGCUGGCCCCAAGAGGUGGCAGGGUGGGAUGGGGUGGGCACACAAAGGCCGUGUUAGACCAGCAGCGUCAGAAAUCUGCAGAUGGUUCCUCGAUGGGCCAGAGAAAGGACUUCCUCAGUCUUGACUUCCUCUCAGACUCCAUGCUCAUCCCGCCCGCAGCCAGUCUUCUGAUAAAGUUGAACUGAGCAACUGCCA